AUGGCGUCAGCCGAGUUUUUAGAGCAAGCUUUGUCCACAGACGUUGACGAGAACGCGGUGAAUGCUAUCGUAGGUUCUCUGGAAAAUCAAUUGGUUACGUCCGUUUCAUCAGUGUCGUCACAGAACAAUAUAGUUAAUGUUAUUCCUAGUCAGCUUACUAAUAUUACAUCAAAUCAGAGUUCUAUUAUUGGUGUGCAAAAAUACAAUACGGACCAAGUGAACGUUGGUGAAAUAACGACUGGUAAUUUUCAAUCCGUGGGCCCAGCUGCCGGUGGUGUGACUUAUAAUAAUGUGCAGGCAUCGGGUCAGGGCUUCGUUUCACAACAAUCGUUAACUAACUCGAGUGAACCCAUUAAAGUGAUAUACUCGCCUCAGACAUCACAAACUUUGUCUAACAGUGUAAACAGAGUGUCAUUUCCCUCUCAAGCUGUUCCGAAUGGUAGUAUCGGCCUUGCAGCGUCUCAGAAUCAAAUAAUCCACACUGGAGCUCCCUGCGCCGUCAUCCCGCAAAGCGUGAACAAGACCAUUACUAUACAGCCGCCCCUCGUUAUCAAGCAAGGCACUACCGCGGGUCAAGUCGGCAUGCAGCCUGGAAUGGUGACUGUGCCCAUGACAGUUAAUUCAAGCAUGCCUAACUCAAUACCUAAUGUUAUGACUUUAAAUAAGCCAGGAGGGCAAAAUGUUGUGGUUACAACACAAAAUUUAGGCUCAGGGCAACCUGCAAUAAUUCCCAAUGUUCAAAUACUAAAUAUGAGACCAGGAACUCCAUCAGUUGCAGCGCAGAAAUCAGUGGCUACAGUUUCACCACGGGUGGUAAUUGGAACUCCGCAAGUAGUUGGAGCUCGAGCUGCCACACCAGGGAUUACGCUGCAAACUCUGCAGAGUCUACAACCUGGGCAGCAGGGUCAUUUGUUGUUAAAGACUGAGAAUGGGCAAUACCAGUUGCUGAGGGUGGGCCCCGCGCCCGCGGCCAGCUCGCUGGCGCCGCCGGCGCAGACCAUCCGGCUCUCGACCGUGCCGGCACAUCCCGGCGUACAGACGGUGUCGACUAGUGUCGCGGCCGCGGCGCAGAUGCAAGGGCAGAUGGCUGCGGGCGCGGUGGCGGCGCCGGCGGCCGUGGCCGCGCCCGCGCCCGCGCCACCGCCGCAGGCGCCCACUGUCACUACUCAGAAACCCUCAGAUAACACAAAAGAAAAAUGUCGGAACUUUUUAGCAAAUCUUUUGGACCUGUCAAGUAAGGAGCCCAAGUCCGUUGAAAGAAAUGUGAGAAAUCUCAUCCAAGAGCUGAUUGACGCGCAAGUGGAACCAGAGGAAUUCUGCGAUCGACUCGAAAGGUUGCUAAACGCUAGUCCGCAACCGUGCCUCAUAGGCUUUUUAAAGAAAAGUCUGCCCCUUCUGCGACAAUCCCUGGUGACCAAAGAGCUGGUAAUAGAAGGCAUCAACCCGCCGGCGCCGCACGUGGCGUUCUCCUCGAUCCCGGCGCCGCAGCACCAGACCAUCAUGGCCACAUCCAACGUGCAGCUGCCCUUGGAAGAUGACGGCACCACACUGACGACGCUGCUGCCGCCCGUGCUGCCCGCCAGCCUGGCGCCGGCGCUAGUCCCUACUGCUAAGACUAUUAGCGUUGUGUCGGUGCAGACUCCCAACCUGCAGCCUAAACCCGCAGUAAAACCUGGAAACACAAUAGCGGUGUUACAAAACAUACCGGUCCACCCCAAGAUAAACGUGAGCAAAGUGGGAGGCAAAGCGAUGACCGUCAACAGCAAGGCCAAUUUUAACCGUUCGGCGGCGGCGACCGCGGCCCUCUCCACGGUGCUGACGCCCGGCAAGUCGCUGCUCAAGGAGAAGGAGAAGAAGUCCUCACAGUACUCGCAGCCCUUCGUCGACGACAAGAUGGCCGGCGACGACGACAUCAACGACGUCGCUGCCAUGGGCGGCGUCAACCUGGCCGAGGAGAGCCAGAGAAUACUCGGCUCCACUGAGAUGAUCGGGACACAAAUAAGGUCAUGCAAGGACGAGUACCUGGUGCCGACGGGGCUGAUGUCGGCGCGGCUGAAGGCGGCGGCGGCGCGGCACGGCCUGGACGAGCCGGCGCCCGAAGUGGCUGCGCUGCUCACGCACGCCGUGCACGACCGGCUCAAGAACCUCAUCGAGAAACUCGCGCUCAUCGCGCAACAUAGAAUCGAUCUCGUUAUAAAGACCGACUCCAGGUACGAAGUGACCCAGGACGUGAAAGGGCAGCUCAAGUUCCUGGAGGAAUUGGAUCGCGUCGACAAGAAGCGGCGGGAGGACUCCGAGAGAGAAAUGCUGCUCCGGGCUGCUAAGUCCAGGUCCAAGAACGAGGACCCUGAGCAAGCCAAACUUAAAGCUAAGGCCAAAGAAAUGCAACGCGCGGAAUUGGAGGAGCUGCGGCAGCGGGAGGCGAACCUGACGGCGCUGCAGGCCAUCGGGCCGCGCAAGAAGCCGCGCCUCGACGGGCCCGGCGGCGCCGACCUCGUGCCCAACGGCGCCACACACUCCACCACCGGCUUGAGCGGUCGCAGCCAGCUGGCGCUGCGCUCGCGGCUGAAGCGCAUCAACCACCGCGACAUGGUGUUCCUGCUGGAGCAGGAGCGCGACACCGCGCACUCGCCGCUCAUCUACCGCAGCUACCUCAAGUGACCGCCGGACGACAAGCCCGUGCUCGGCUACCCCCCCACCACCAUCAGACCCAACUACGCCGCCGAGAGGAUCCCCAAGAAAACGUAUGUCGCAAGAUCUGCUAAUUAGACGCCACGAUCUGAACCGAGCUCUGAACCACUGAACGCCGUGUCAGACACCCGGCUGCUGCUUUCGCUCCUCUUUGCGACUCGCGCUAACUUGUGUCCGUUAGUGUCCGUAUGUGAUAGUAACGAUAGGACUGACAUAUUGAAAUUAUUCAAGACGUCAAACAGUAUGAUAUACCUAAAAAUAAAUAUAAUUUGUAAAUACAAUCUAAGGGACUGUUACGUGCUGAAUAUAUUAGUUUUUUGUCUAUUAGCAAAAAAAAUAAGCGUUAAAAUCGUUAAAUGAAUCA